UCCAGGUACAGUAAAGGUGUUCACUGAGUUCAGACUUUUUAUUUAGAGAGAAAAGACAAGGAGGAAGAGUCAACUAAACGUCAAGAAGAAGAAAAGUUUAAGAGAAGAUGAGUGUUUGUGUGGAGGAAGAGGAUGGAGCAGAGUCUCCAGGAUUCAGAUGUGUGUCUAUGAAGAGUGACGGGUCCAGAUGUGAGCCCCCAUCAUUCAGUCCUGAACAUGGAGCCUCAGACACAAAAGGUCAGAACCACAGACAAAAAGCAGAACGUCCAGGACUCAGCUGUUUGUCUAUGAAGAGUGACUGGUCCAAAGAUGAUCCAGAGAUAAACUUCAGUCAUGAACCUCCAGGACCCAACUGUCUGUCUAUGAAGAGUGACCAGUCCAUGCAUGAGCCUAUAUCCUUCAGUAAUGAACCUGGAGCCUCGGAUACAAAAGGUCAGAACCACAGACAAAAAGCAAAACAUCCAGGACCCAGCUGUUUGUCUGUGAAGAGUGACUGGUCCCAACAAACUCCAAAGAUAAACUUCAGUCAUGAACCUACAGGACCCAACUGUCUGUCUAUGAAGAGUUACCAGUCCAUGCCUAAGUAUAUAUCCUUCAGUAAUGAACCUGGAGCCUCGGAUACAAAAGUGAAUCAGCACAGCUCAAAGGUUUCCAGUGGCCAGUGUGUCCAGCAAACACACCUGGACUUUAUAUUUUUGCUGCUGGAGGAAAACAUUAUCACAUUUGUGAAGAAGGAGCUGAAGAAGAUUCAAAAGGUUCUGAGUCCAGACUACCCACAAUGCUUAGAGAGUCAGAGCGAGGAUGAGGAAGAUUUGUAUGGUGAGGAUAAAAAGCAGAGGAGGAGCAGCAGAGACGCAUUUCUGAAGAUCACACUGUACUGCCUGAGGAGGAUGAAGCAUGAGGAGCUGGCUGACUGUCUGCAGAGCAGAGCUUCUGCUGCAGUUUGUCAACAUCAACUUAAAUCUCAUCUAAAGGAUAAGUUUCAGUUUGUGUUUGAAGGCAUCGCUAAAGCAGGAAACCCAACCCUUCUGAACCAGAUCUACACAGAGCUCUAUAUCACAGAGGGGGGGACUGGAGAGGUAAACAAUGAACAUGAGGUCAGACAGAUUGAAACAGCCUCCAGGAAACUAGGCAGAGCAGAAACAAGCAUCAGACCAGAAGGUGUCUUUAAAGUCUCAGCUGGAAGGGAUGGAGCCAUCAGAACAGUGAUGACAAAGGGAGUGGCUGGAAUCGGGAAAACAGUCCUAACACAAAAGUUCACUCUGGACUGGGCUGAAGACAAAGCCAACCAGGACAUACACUUCACAUUUCCAUUCACCUUUAGAGAGCUGAAUGUGCUGAAAGAGCAAAACUUCAGCUUGGUAGAACUUGUUCAUCACUUCUUCACUGAAACCAAAGCAGCAGGAAUAAACAGCUUCGAAGGGUUAAAGGUUGUGUUUAUCCUGGAUGGUCUUGAUGAGUGUAGACUUACUCUGGACUUCAACAACACUAAAACCCUGACUGACAUCACAGAGUCCACCUCAGUGGCUGAGUUGCUGACAAACCUAAUCAGGGGAAACCUGCUUCCCUCUGCUCACCUCUGGAUCACUACACGACCUGCAGCAGCCAAUCAGAUCCCUCCUGGGUGUGUUGCCAUGGUGACAGAGGUCAGAGGGUUCACUGACCCACAGAAGGAUGAGUACUUCAGGAGGAGAUUCAGAGAUGAGCAGCAAGCCACAAAAAUCAUCUCCCACAUCAAGACGUCACGAAGCCUCCACAUCAUGUGCCACAUUCCAGUCUUCUGCUGGAUCACUGCUACGGUUCUGGAAGAUGUGUUGAAAACACAGGAGAGAGGAGAGCUGCCCAGGACACUGAGUGAGAUGUACAUCCACUUCCUGGUGGUUCAGACCAAAUUGAAAAACAUCAGGUAUGAUGGAGGAGCUGAGACAGAUCCGCACUGGAGUCCAGAGAACAGAAGGAUGAUUGAGUCACUGGGAAAAGUGGCUUAUGAGCAGCUGCAGAAAGGAAACCUGAUCUUCUAUGAGACCGACCUGACAGAUUGUGGCAUCGAUAUCAGAGCAGCCUCAGUUUACUCAGGAGUGUUCACACAGGUCUUUAAAGAGGAAAGAGGACUAUACCAGGACAAGAUGUUUUGCUUCAUUCAUCUGAGUGUUCAGGAGUUUCUGGCUGCUCUUCAUGUCCAUCUGACCUUCAUCAACUCUGGAGUCAAUCUGCUGUCACAACAACAAUCAACAUCCUGGUCUGAACUUUUUACAUGGAAGAAUCAUAAACUUACACAGUUCUACCAUGAUGCUGUGGACAAGGCCGUACAGAGUCCAAAUGGACACCUGGACCUGUUCCUGCGUUUCCUCCUGGGUCUAUCACUGCAGACUAAUCAGAAUCUCCUACAAGGUCUGAUGACACAGACAGGAAGUAGUUUACAAACCAACGAGGAAACAGUUCAGUACAUCAAGGAAAAGAUCUCAGAUUCUCUGUCUGCAGAGAAAAGCAUCAACCUGUUCCACUGUCUGAAUGAACUGAAUGAUUGUUCUCUAGUUGAGCAGAUCCAACAGAACCUGAGAUCAGGACGUCUCUCCACAGAUGAAUUGUCUCCUGCUCAGUGGUCAGCUCUGGUCUUCAUCUUAUUGUCUUCAGACAAAAACCUUGAUGUGUUUAACCUGAAGAAAUUCUCUGCUUCAGAGGAGGCUCUUCUCAGGCUGCUGCCUGUGGUCAAGGCCUCCAUCAAAGCUCUACUAAGUGGCUGUAACUUGUCAGAAAGAAGCUGUGAAGCUCUGUCCUCAGUUCUCAGCUCUCAGUCAUCUAGUCUGAAAGAACUGGACUUGAGUAACAACAACCUGCAGGAUUCAGGAGUGAAGCUACUGUCUGCUGGACUGAAGAGUCCUCACUGUCGACUGGAGGCUGUCAGAUUGAGUGGCUGCAGUUUGUCAGAGAUAAGCUGUGAAUCUCUGGUCUCAGCUCUGAAGUCCAACCCAUCACAUCUGACAGAACUGGACCUGAGUAAGAACGACCUGCAGGAUUCAGGAGUUAAGCUACUGUCUACUGGACUGAAGAGUCCUCAAUUUCAACUGGAGACUCUCAGAUUAAGACGCUGCAGACUGUCAAAGAUCAGCUGUGAUUCUCUGGUCUCAGCUCUGAAGUCCAACCCAUCACAUCUGACAGAAUUGGAUCUGAGUGAGAACAAGCUGCAGGAUUCAGGGGUAAAGCCGCUGUGUGGUUUUCUGGAGAGUCAUCACGGUCGAAUGAAGACUCUGAGCUUGAGUGAAUGCAGUUUGACAGAGAUCAGCUGUGAUUCUCUUGUCUCAGCUCUGAAGUCCAACCCAUCACAUCUGACACAACUGGACCUGAGUGACAACAACCUGCAGGAUUCAGGAGUGAAGCAUCUGUGUGGUUUCCUGGAGAGUCGUCACUGUCGCCUGGAGACUCUGAGACUGAGUGGCUGCAGGUUGUCAAAGAUCAGCUGUGAUUCUCUGGUCUCAGCUCUGAAGUCCAACCCAUCACAUCUGACAGAACUAGACCUGAGUAAGAACGACCUGCAGGAUUCAGGAGUGAAGCAGCUGUGUGGUUUUCUGGAGUAUUCAGACUGUCGACUGGAGACUCUGAGAUUGAGUGGCUGCAGUUUGUCAGAGAUAAGCUGUGAUUCUCUGGUCUCAGCUCUGAAGUCCAACCCAUCACAUCUGACAGAACUGGACCUGAGUAAGAACGACCUGCAGGAUUCAGGAGUUAAGCUACUGUCUACUGGACUGAAGAGUCCUCAAUUUCAACUGGAGACUCUCAGGCUGUCAGGCUGUCUGCUCUCAGAGGAAGCUUGUGUCUCUCUGGCCUCAGCUCUGAGCUCCAACCCCUCCCAUCUGAGAGAGCUGGACCUGAGCUACAAUCAUCCAGGAGACUCAGGAGUGAAGCUGCUGUCUGAUGGAUUAAAGAAUCCACACUGGAAACUGGACACUCUCAGGGUGGAGCCUGGUGGAGUCCGAUGGUUGACACCAGGUCUGAUCAAAUAUUUUUAUCAACUCACCAUCAACACACACACAGUGAGCAGGAAACUACAACUGUCUGACAACAACAGGAAGGUGACAUAUGUGGAGGAGGAUCAGUCGUAUCCUGACCAUCCAGACAGAUUUGACCAUUGGUCUCAGUUGCUGUGUAGUAAUGGUCUGAUUGGUCGCUGUUACUGGGAGGUUGAGUGGACAGGAUGGGUUGAAAUAUCAGUGAGUUACAGAGGAAUCAGAAGGAAAGGAGGAAGUAAUGACUGUGUGUUUGGAUACAAUGAUCACUCCUGGAGUCUGAGAUGCUCUGAUGGUGGUUACUAUGUCAGACACAAUAAUAUAGAAACAUUCAUCUCCUCCUCUGUGUCUCACAGAGUAUCAGUGUAUGUGGACUGUCCUGCUGGUUCUCUGACCUUCUACAGAGUCUCCUCUGACAAACUGAUGCACCUUUACACCUUCAACACCACAUUCACUGAACCUCUUUAUCCUGGGUUUGGGUUAUGGUCUGGUUCCUCAGUGUCUCUGUGAUGUGUAGUGAGAUUUUGAUCCUGUCAGAGAAACGUUGUCACUGUUGAACAUAGUUCAGUCUGUUCAUGUCUGUCUCAUUUUCAGAUUCGUGUAUUAAACCAGUUUCUUUAUGAACCAGUUCUAAAUGACUUCUUGUGAACUUCUUCCUCUUCCAUCCUUUAAAGAUAGAGGGUCUGGUUAUUCCAGGAUGAAAUGCUGGAGACUUGUUGUGAAGUUGUUUUUCAGUGGAUAUCAGGAUGUUUCAGCUCAACAUGUGACAAACUGUGAGAUCAGAGAAGAAUCAAGGUGAAUUAGUGAGAAGCUUCAUGUUGAUGUUCACAGAUGAUUGUUGAAUGAAAUAUUCAAUCAACAGUUUUCAGAUAAUUUUCUGUCAGCCUCUCAUUAAAGUGCUUCAUUUAUCUUUAACAACAAAUGAUCACAUUAUAAUCACAAUAUAUAAAUGUGCAUCACUUUGAACUAUGAUUAUAUUAUAACAAUCAUGAUUUUGUGGUUGGUGCUUGGAUAUAAACCUGAAACAGACUCUGUAUUAGGACUGUCUUUAAAAGCUUGGUGAACUUGUUAUGGGGAAAAUGGUUUCUUUCUUAUUGUAUGCAGUUAUUAUAUGAUUUAUGACUUAUGUUGUGCAAUUAAUAUCUUAUGUUUUGCUUGACUGUAUGUAUUUGACAUUUCACCUAGAUUUUUCAAUGGUUGUCUCUGCCUGAUAGACUCUAGCUCCCAAACCCAAGGCCUGGGAGAGUUGUGUCUCUCUGUCUGUUGAGACUUAGUGCUCCUUUCUCUAGACGUCAGCAAUGCAGGUGUGAGAAAGUAAACAUCUUCACACAGACGCGACAGGGAUGAGAUGGUGCAUGGAGUUUGAUUGGGCUACACAGACGUUCCACCGUAGUCGGACAGAGAGGUUAAAAGGCAGAAACAACUUGAGGAUCGUGGGCUCUUUACAUCACACCUUUGUGGUGUAUGCACUGAUCUCCCCAGCUGGUUUUUGGUAUGUUAAUGUGUACAAUCAACCUCCAUGUUUUUGAUUUGCUGUCCCAUUAUUUUUAUUUUCAUUAAUUUUUAUAAUAAAUCUCACAAAAGACAA